AAAACAAAAAAAAAAACAAAAGUCAUCACCAGUCAAAAAAAAAAAAAAAAAAAAAAAAAAAAAAAUCGCAAUCAAUCAUCAUGUGUUCUUCAGCCAGUAGCGUCAACAAGCCGUCGCCACCUUCACCGCCUUCUUCUUCCUCUUCUUCCGUUUCAUCGGUGGCUUCGUCCGUGCGGAGGCUGAGAUGCCUCGAGCCGGCCACUCACCUCGUCAACGGUGCCAUGGAAGCGAUAUUCUUCAGAUUGGGCUACGUCGUUGGACGGCAUCCGUGGUUCACCAUCGGCCUCUGCCUGCUGCUCAUCGUGACGCUGGGCGGUGGCCUCUUCUUCUGGGUCGAGGAACACGACAGUGUCGGCCUUUGGACGACGCACGACUCGGUGGCCCGUCACAAUUCCGAAUGGGUCAAACGGCAUUUCAGCGACGAUGUCCGCUACGAGUCCGUCAUCGUGGCCGCUGACCAAAACAUUCUCAGACCUGAAGUCCUUGUCCUGUUGGCCGAAAUGGAUUUGGCAGUCAGAAAUCUCAGCACAGCCGACGGUCAUCAAUGGACGAAUUUAUGUUUCAGGUUCGGAACGACGUUGAAGAAACACGAACACAGCAACAGCCAAAACAGGAGGCGACGCCGACGACACAUUUCAAACAACGACACAUACACGUCGUUAGCGAAGAGCGUUAAUCAUCAUCCGCAUCACGCGAUCAGCGACAUCGCUAAUGGCCCAGAAAUGGGCGAAGAAGAUGAAUGGGACGUUGGCGAUCUGUCCAAAUUGGAUUUCAGUCAAGUGUUUGCCGAUGACGAGGCCGAUUACGACACGUCUGCAUCGGGAAGUGGAGGACAAGGUGGAGGAGGAUUUCUAGGAAGAAGGGCCCAACAUUUGGUUAACUUACUAGCACAGCCUGACGAUUGCCUAGUACGCAAUAUCCUCCAGAUUUGGGACUCGGAUUUGGAACGGAUCAAGUCACUGGAUCAAAGCCAAAUCCUAGCUGACAUCAAUGCCGCUCUACUUCAAGGGAACGACCAAGGUGAUCCAGUCAAUUCGCUGGAAUUUCUACUGUCGGAUGUCCGACGUGACGUCAAUGGCAGCAUUUACCACGUCGGUGCCACUAUGAUGACCUGGUUGCUAGACAACAACCCACAGAAUGCCAGCGUUUACACGUUGUGGGAAAAGGAUUUCAUUCACCAGACGCUGCACAGCAAUUUGACUAAACCUGAUGACGUCCGUUUGUAUUCACUGGCAUCAAGCAGUUACGUGGAGGGCAUAGCCGAAGCGGUUACCAGCAACUUUACAGUUUUGAUGAUGGGUUUCUCGCUCAUUAUCUUUUACUUCAGCUUCGCUAUGGGUCGUUUCAAUUGGAUCGAACAAAGGGUGGUCCUGUCCAUCGUAGGUGUUUCAGUCGUCGCCCAGGCCAUUUUGGCUUCCUACGGCCUUUGUUUCUAUCUGGGUGUCCAGUAUGGACCCAUUCAUCCCAUUAUACCGUUCUUGUUACUCGGCAUUGGAGUGGACGACAUGUUUGUCAUCAUCCAGGCACUGGAUAAUUUAUCGAAUGAGGAAAAACAAUUGCCAAUUCCUGAACGAAUGGCUCGAGCCAUGAAACACGCUGGAGUUUCGAUUACAGUGACAUCCGUCACGGACAUUGCGGCCUUCGCCAUUGGAGCCACCACCAGCAUGCCGGCUCUCCGAUCGUUUUGCAUUAAUGCCAUGUCGGGCAUCUUGAUGCUGUUCGUCUUGGAAGUGACGUUCUUCGUUGCGUUGACAGUGCUGGAUGAACGGCGCAAAGCUCGUCACAGCAUCGGAUGCUGCUUCCGCCCUAAAGCGGAUAACUGGCAACCAGCACCGUGCUCGCAACGUGAUUUGCUCAAACUAUUUUUCGAACGCUUCUACGGUCCUUUCCUGUUACGUACACCCGUCAAGGUCUUCGUGCUUAUCGUAACGGCCGCCGCCGUCUCCGUUAACAUCUGGGGCUUGUUACAGCUGGAGCAAAACUUUGACCCAAAUUGGUACCUCAAGGAACACUCUUACCCAUCUGAAUACUUCAACGCCAUGAAGCAGUACUUUCCCGAGAACGGGGAACGGGCCUCCAUCUACACAGGGAGGAUCGACUACAUAGGUCAACGCGACCAGUUGAACCGGAUGACCGAGCUGCUGCGAACGAAUCCAUCCAUCCAACCGAACUCGGUCAACUUCUGGUACGACGACUUUCAAAACUGGCUCAACCGAACCAGACAAGUCGAUUUUCCCGACGAUGAGCCGCUUUUCAAGGAGCUCGUGCAAGAAUAUCUCUUCAGCCCCGAGGGCCGCCACCACCUGCAAGACCUCAAAGUGGAAGGCAGCAUUCUCGAUCUCGAAGGCAACUUCAACAUCACCGGUUCGAGAGCUCGUUUUCACCACCUGUCGCUGAAAAAUGCGUCGGCCAAGAACAAGGCAUUAGAGUCCAUCACGUCCCUGUCGAACAACAUCAUCUUCGGUGACGCAACGGACUUGUCCAGUCCCAUCAUUUUCACGCACAGUUACAUCGAAUGGGAAGCUAAUCGAGUAAUUAGUAGCGAAUUGAUCCGUAACUUGGGUCUAACAAUGGCGGCCGUGGUCUGCGUGACUCUGAUCCUCAUCUCGGAUCUGGUGACCGUCUUUUGGGUCUUCACGUGCAUCGCUUUCACGCUGAUCGACCUGCUCGGUCUCAUGUAUUUCUGGGGCCUGACCAUCGAGAUCUCCUCUUCGAUCAUCGUCAUCCUGGCCGCCGGAUUGGCCAUCGACUACUCAGCCCACAUCGGCCAUACUUUCACCACCAUCCGUGGAUCCAAAUCCACUCGUGCCAAAGUGACGCUGACCCGAAUGGGGCCAGCCGUCUGGAAUGGAGGCUUUUCCACUUUCCUUGCCUUUGUCCUACUCGUCAAUACCGACUCGCACAUCUUCACCACAUUCUUCAAGCUCUUUUUCGGCGUUGUCGUCUUCGGUCUAUUUCACGGACUGGCCUACCUUCCUGUCGUGUUGAGCUGUUUGGGACCGGACGAGUCGGGCGGUUCGGGUAGCGGUGCGGCUAGCGGAUCUAGUGAUUCUAUAUCAACAGAGUUCUCAUCGACGCCGUCUUCCAACUCGUCCGAUUCAUCCGCUUCGACGCCCAUCCAGAAAAAGCAAUCGUCCAUUUCGGCCCUGGCCCUCGACAAUCCCAUAUUCAUAUCCGACAUUCAGAUUGUUUGCUACCCAAAUUUGCAUCCGCUGGACAUCAUGAACGGUCAGAAAAACAACAACGCCUGGAAGAAUAGCCGUGCGGUUGGCGGAUUAGUCGAUACUCCGCAACAAUUGCAACAACAGCAGCCGAAUAAAGUACCAUACAUUCCGCAACCGGAUUACACUCCUCUACCUACUCGCCGGUUGGACUCGGUCGGACAAAUUGCGCAGAGGACUCCACUGGGUUUGCUCACAGCUGUCCAACAGUCGAAAAGCAAGACGAACGCCGUCGGCCGAAGCAACAGCAGCGUCGUCGUUUUAGCGUCGAGCAACAUGGGCGCAUCUGUGGAAUCUUGUCGCAACACAAUUCCACGCGUCGCCGAAGAGAAACGAGUGAAAACCGUUCCGAUCACUGCAAUUACGAACGGUGGACCGAAUGUGUCGAUUGCGGCCGUCGAAGAAACCGCCGAAUUGGAAUCUGCGGCAUGUGUGCCCGUCGAGCGGGUGUGGCAUCACCCGCAGUGGCAUUCGAGCCAAUUUCUGGCCAACGAUUGGAGUGCGGCGCUGAUGAAGCGAUUGUCGGUCGAGGCGCAAAGCCAUCGCGAAGAGAAAAUCCUUCGGGAGGCCAAUAAAGAAUUGGAGCGCUUCGAGUCCGAGAUCGAGUCGUAUCUGGAGGAUGUGGAAGAAGAGGAAGAGGCGCAAGGAACAUUACCAAGUGCGCCGGUGAACGUUGACGAGGGCCAAGACAAUUGUAUUAAUACGGCCGUCAGUUCGUCGGCAUCGCGUCCUGUAAGCCCGGCAUUGGCGCUUAGUUCCUCGCCCCAACGAGUUUAUCAAAAGCACGAGCAACACGUUAGCGCCAAUGCCGUAGCUGCUUCAUCUUCCUUUUCUUCGUCAGUUUCCAGUGUGGAACGGAAGCGGCAGAACGAACUCGAACGAAGAAAUCAGACGCUCACGACGUGAUCGCGAUCAGAUUCAAGUCUGAACGCUGGUUACGUACACAUCAACUCGUACAUAAAACACACAAUAGAUGUCCUGUUUUUCUACCCAGGCGACGCUCAACGCCACAUUACGGCGCCUUCUUCUGAAUUAUUCAUUUGUUUUAUUAUUAUUACCUUUUUUUUUUUCUUGUUUCAAAAAUUGAUAACACAGCAUCCAUCCAUAUUACUGCGCCUUUAUUAUAAUUAUUUUUUUAACCGCACACCCACACACCCGUGUCGCUCGUUGAAAUUGUUUGAUAAUAUUAUAUUAUACAGUACCAUUAUCUUUUAUAAUCCGAAACAAUAUUAAUAAUUUUAUGAAAUAGUAUCGCGUCAUGUUAGUGAACUGUGUUUUCUUUGUGCAUUUUUUUUUUUUUUUUUUUCUUGAUGUCAUUGAGUGAAUGUGUGAGAUUGAACCGCAAGUUGGGCCCGGUCGUCGUCGUUGUUCAAAUUUUGAAUUGUAGAUUAAUUCAAAGUAACCAAAAUUAGAAAAGAAAAGAUAAAAGACGAAAAAAAAAAACAAACAAAAAAAACAAA